AUGUCUUUUGUAUGCUCAUCUGAUGUGCUUAUGACAAAACUUGUGCCAGACAUUGCCGACCUCAAUCUUUCAGAAACUGAUGGCAAAUUUGAUGUUGAGGAUGCUGAUGAUAGUGCGGAUGGUGUUAACAAAAGAACUACUCCUGCGCCGUGUUCCUUUUGUGUAAGAGUAUUACUGCCAGACUUGGUUACGCCACAAAUUAUGAAUGCAAUAGACGUACAGCAACCAGCAAGCGCGGGAAAAAACACAACCAACUUUGUCUGGACAAAGGACCAUGACAUCUUGUUUUGUAGAGAGCUUUUGGUUACUGAGCCAUAUGCCCACAAAGUUAGAAGUGUUGAAAGAGCAAAAGCCUGGGAGCAGAUUGCCUCCAGUUUAAAUAGCAUCCAAGCUCCAAAGUUUAGAGUUACAACUAGAUCCGUACGUGAUCGCUACACACUUCUGACAACCAGAAAAGCAGAGCAGUUAAGAGAGGAGGAGAAAGCUUCAGGGAUAGAAGUUACACCAACAGAAAUUGACUUGUUAUUGGAAGAAAUUUUGGAGAAAGAGAAAGCUGCUAGAGCUGAGAUUGAGUCUGGAGAUACCAAAAAGAGAAAAGCAGAGCAAGACAAGGCAGGUGCUGACAACAUUAGAAGACUGGCAAUGGAAAGGAUGUCUCAGACUAAAACCAGGGAAAGUGAUGUGGGAGAAACUUCUUCAAAGAAGAAAAAAACAAGGCGCAGCUCACAUGAGAUGCUUGAAUUUCUGGAGAACAAAUCUGAGAGGGACCACCAAAUGAAACAAGAAGAACUAAAUUUAAGAAGGAGUGAGCAAGAAGCAAUGACUGCUAUGAUGAGACAGCAACAGCAGCAACUUCAGAAUUUGCAGGCUAUGUUUGUAAGCCAGCAAACACAGCAAACACAAGCUAUGUUGGCUCUCCUAGAAAAAGUUGUUAAGAAGUAA